UGUUUAAUCAACUCUGCAUUUGUCCUGCCGGAAAUGUAUUUUUGUGACCACAGAAAAACAGAGGAGUGAAACAUCUCGCCAAACGUAAAAUAUCACAACAGCAAUGGCUGCCUCCUGUAAGUUAGUGUGCUGUGGAGAGGAGAGGGAAUCCGACCAAGCUGUUAUUGUCCGCUUUGCAAAUGGUUGCGUCAACAAUGAAGACAAAUUGGAUUUCACCAUGUACAAGAACACUGAGGAAAAUGAUCCCAGGAAAAAGAGAAGACGGUUACUGGUUGCUGAAACAGACAGGAUGUCCUAUGUUGGGCAGAAUUUUGGAAAUGGAGCGUUGAAAUGCAAUAAUUGGUGCAAAUAUUUUGUUGGGGUGCUGAACAAACAGACCAUGAAGAUGGAGGUACACAACGCUCUGCUCUUCAGCAUGCAGCCUGUUAUGCCAGAAGAGACAGAAGCUGCAAAUCAUGAGGACACGGCUCCGUCCUACAGAGACAAGGUGGACUCAUUGAUCGAGGCGUUUGGAACCAACAAGCAGAAGCGAGCGCUGAGCUCCCGCAGGCUGAAUCUGGUGGGCAGCGAUAUGCUGCACCAUGCAGUGGCUGAAGCGGCCAGCGCUGUGAUUGAGGAGAAGGGCCUGGAAGCUCUUCAACAGGAAGUGGCGGAGAUGGACUCCCAGGGAACUGCCUCCCACCUGCCUCCCUGCAACACGGAAGCAGACACACAAGAAGACGUCUACCCAUUCGAUGAGCUCCUGACUCCAGUGGAGUUUGCUGCUCUGGAGCAGUGUGGCGACAAGAUGGCAGCUCUCACCCCAGAAGAGGUGCAGAAGAUGACAGACGAGGGAGGGUGCCUGACUGUUGUGAAGUUUCUGGAGAAGUUACCGACUAUGGACAAAAACAGAGAGGAAACUGCACGCUGUGCUUUUUACCUCUCGCUGCUCCUCAAACUGGCACGGCAGAGGAGUAUUUCCCGAAAGUUUGGGCUGGAGGAGGGCUGCCCCCGAAUCAUUCAAAACAAACUGUUCAGAACCUUCACUGCAGAGACUUUCAACAAUGGCAGGAUACAGAACGUGGUGUCGUCAUCAAUGAAGUCUAAACUGGCAGCGUACAGCCUGGCCCUGCUGCUGCACAUGAGUCACAUGACUGCUAACCUGACGCUGCUGCAACGUGACCUGGGAAUCACUGAGGCCAGGAUGAUCGAAGUUGCUAAAUCGAUGGGACUGACUUUAAGUAAACCAGCUGGUCGCAACAAGAAUGACCCCGAACUGCGCGAUGACAACAAAUACGCCUCUCUGGUUCUUCCUCUGGUCAAACACGACCCGUUCAUGGAGAGACGGAAGCGCAAGAAAAUGCACUGAGAAAAGACCACAAGUGGAAAUGCCUAUUAAAAAAAAACCAAACAGCUUUUUAUUCAUGUAUUUUGUAAACGAAUAAAGUGGUUUACUUGUCAGUA